GUCCUGUCCUGCUGCAAGAGGAAACACCGAGAAAUCUGGACCGGUGCCACAGACACAGACCCGUAUGAGGGACGUAAAAGUCACUACUGUUCCCCUGCUCGUAAACUUGACUGUUUGAAGGAUAUUAGUCUUGUGUGGCUGUGCUGACCACAGGUAAGCCAUGGAGGAUGGGAAGCCAGUGUGGGCACCCCACCCCACUGAUGGGUUCCAGCUGGGAAUGAUCGUUGACAUAGGAGCUGACACCCUCAGUAUAGAACCACUGAACCAGAAGGGAAAGACUUUUCUUGCUCCGGUGAACCAAGUCUUCCCAGCAGAGGAUGAUGUCAACAAACAUGUUGAUGACAACUGUUCACUUAUGUACUUGAAUGAAGCCACUCUUCUCAACAAUGUCAGAGUGCGGUACAACAAAGACAACAUUUAUACUUAUGUGGCAAAUAUUCUGAUAGCUGUUAAUCCCUACUAUGACAUACCAAAACUGUAUGGCCCUGAAACCAUCAAGUCGUACCAAGGGAAGUCACUUGGCACUCUGCCACCUCAUGUCUAUGCUAUAGCUGAUAAAGCCUACAGGGACAUGAAGGUUUUAAAGAUGAGUCAGUCCAUCAUAGUUUCUGGUGAAUCUGGUGCUGGGAAGACCGAAAACACAAAGUUUGUUCUCAGAUAUCUGACAACAACAUAUGGAAGUGGUCAAGAUAUUGAUGAGAGAAUUGUAGAAGCAAAUCCUCUUCUCGAGGCCUUUGGAAAUGCAAAAACUGUCCGAAAUAAUAACAGCAGUCGCUUUGGGAAGUUUGUAGAAAUCCAUUUCAAUGACAAAAACGCAGUUGUCGGUGGAUUUGUUUCUCAUUACUUGUUGGAGAAAUCAAGGAUUUGUAUGCAAAGUAACGAUGAGAGGAACUACCACAUUUUCUACAGACUGUGUGCGGGUGCAUCCGAGGACCUGAAGAAGAAAUUACACCUGGACUCUCCAGACAGUUUCAGGUACUUGAACCGAGGGUGUACCAGAUACUUUGCUGGUAAAGACUCUGAUAAACAAAUAAUGCAAAGCCGCAAGAGUCCUGAGCAUCUGAAGCUGGGUGCUCUAAAGGACCCUCUUCUUGAUGACCAGGGAGACUUUAACAGGAUGUGCACAGCCAUGAAGAAGAUUGGGCUGAAUGACACAGAGAAGCUGGAUCUUUUCAGGGUUGUCGCUGGUGUUCUGCAUCUGGGCAACAUUGAUUUUGAAGAAACAGGAAGUUCUUCAGGUGGUUGUAUCCUAAAGAAUCAGUCCGAACAGACUCUUCAUUACUGUGCUGAUUUGUUGGGCCUGGACCAGGAUGACCUGCGUGUCAGCCUCACAACACGAGUCAUGCUCACUACAGCAGGGGGAGCCAAAGGCACAGUUAUCAAGGUGCCUCUAAAGGUGGAACAAGCUAACAAUGCUCGCGAUGCCCUGGCCAAGGCAGUGUACAGCCGUCUCUUUGAUCACGUGGUCAAACGAGUAAACCAAUGUUUCCCUUUCCAGACUUCCUCCCAUUUCAUUGGCGUGUUGGACAUUGCUGGGUUUGAGUAUUUUGAGCAUAACAGCUUUGAGCAGUUCUGCAUUAAUUACUGCAAUGAGAAACUGCAGCAGUUCUUCAACGAGCGUAUUCUUAAGGAGGAGCAAGAACUCUAUCAAAAGGAAGGGCUGGGGGUGAAUGAGGUGCAUUAUGUGGACAACCAGGACUGCAUAGAUCUUGUGGAAGCAAAGUUGGUGGGAAUUCUGGACAUUUUGGAUGAAGAGAAUCGUCUUCCUCAGCCUAGUGACCAGCAUUUCGCUCUGGCUGUUCACACCAAACAUAAAGACCACUUUAGACUGACGGUUCCCAGGAAGUCAAAGUUGGCCGUUCACAGAAAUAUCCGAGAUGAUGAAGGCUUUAUGAUCAGACACUUUGCAGGAGCAGUAUGUUAUGAAACGACACGGUUCGUGGAGAAGAAUAAUGAUGCCCUACACAUGUCCUUGGAGAGUUUAGUGUGUGAAUCAAAAGACAAAUUUGUUCGAGAGCUAUUUGAGAACUCCAGCACCUCCAAGGACUCCAAACAGAAGGCAGGCAAACUCAGCUUCAUCAGCGUUGGAAACAAAUUCAAGACUCAACUGAACCUUCUGCUCGAGAAGCUUCGCAGCACUGGCUCAAGUUUUAUCCGCUGUGUAAAACCCAACCUGAAGAUGGUCAGUCACCAGUUUGAAGGAGCUCUGAUUCUCUCACAGCUGCAGUGCUCAGGAAUGGUAUCUGUGUUGGACCUGAUGCAAGGGGGGUUCCCCUCCAGGGCUCCCUUCCAUGAGCUCUACAACAUGUAUAAGGCUUACAUGCCAGAUAAACUUACACGGCUGAAUCCACGACUCUUCUGCAAGGCUUUGUUUAAGGCGCUGGGUCUAAAUGAUAAUGACUUUAAGUUUGGACUGACAAGAGUGUUCUUUCGUCCAGGAAAGUUCGCUGAGUUCGACCAGAUCAUGAAGUCUGAUCCAGAACACCUCGCUGAGCUGCUGAAGAAAGUCAACAAGUGGUUGCUGUGCAGUCGCUGGAAGAAGGUCCAGUGGUGCUCCCUUUCAGUCAUCAAACUGAGGAAUAAAAUGGGGUACAGAGCUCAGGCCUGCAUUAAGAUUCAAAAGACUGUCCGCAUGUGGCUGUGUAAGAAGAAACACAAGCCAAGAAUUGAUGGUAUGGUGAAAGUCCGAAACUUGAAGAAACACAUGGAACGUUUCAAUGAGGUGGUCAACGAGCUGAAUGAAGGCAAACACGAGAUGGCCAAACAAGUUCAGGAGCUGGCUGCCGCCAUAGAUGCUCUCUUGGCAAAAAUAAAGGCCACAGUCAUGACCUGGAAGGAGAUUGACACAGAGUACCAGGGACUGGUGAAACGCUCAGAGCAGCUGCUCUCCUCCAUGCAAAAGAAGAAGCAGCAGGAGGAAGAGAGCGAGAGGCUGAAACGCAUCGAGGAGGAGAUGGAGAAGGAGAGGCAGAGAAGGGAGAAGGAGGAGCAACGACGUAAACAAGAGGAAGAGGACAGAAGACUCAAAGCAGAAAUGGAGCUGAAAAGAAAGCAAGAGGAAGAGGACAGAAAAAAGAGAAAGGAGGAAGAAAAGGUUAUUCAGGCAGAGCUGGAAAUCCAGCUGGCUCUGGAGCGGGAGGAGCAGGCCCAGCAUGCUGCUGUACUGGAGCAGGAAAGAAGAGACAGGGAGUUAGCCAUGAGAAUUGCUCAGAGUGAAGCAGAGCUCAUCACUGAGGACAGCCAGGCGGAUGCUAGCCUGCGCAGUGAUGACUCUUUUUCAGAUCUUCCUAUCUCUUCAUCCUCAGCCAGAGCCAUGGGUCCUCAGGUGCAGGCGACCAAAGCUGCUGCUGGUGUGAAAAAGUAUGAUCUCAGCAAGUGGAAGUAUGCUGAGCUGCGAGAUGUCAUCAACACUUCCUGUGACAUCGAGCUGUUGGCAGCUUGCAGAGAGGAGUUCCACCGUCGUCUGAAGGUCUAUCACACAUGGAAGUCCAAGAACAAAAAACGCAAUGAUGACGGAAGUGAUCAGAGGGCUCCUAAAUCCAUCACUGACUAUGCCGAACAGAACCCAGCUCCUCCAACAACAGCCCAGCAUCAAGAAGUGGCCAUGAACCGCCAACAGCGUUAUUUUCGCAUUCCUUUCAUCCGGCCCGCCGACCAGUACAAGGACCCACAAAAUAAAAAGAAGGGCUGGUGGUACGCUCACUUUGAUGGGCCAUGGAUCGCCAGACAGAUGGAGCUUCAUCCAGACAAACAGCCUAUUGUGUUGGUCGCAGGCAAAGAUGAUAUGGAGAUGUGUGAGCUGAGUCUGGAGGAAACGGGUCUCACCAGGAAGAGAGGGGCGGAGAUCCUUCCCAGGCAGUUUGAGGAAAUCUGGGAACGCUGUGAUGGAAUUCAGUACCUGAAGAAAGCCAUAGAGAAUAAACAGGCCCGCCCAACAUACGCUACAGCAAUGCUGCAGAGUCUCCUCAAGUGAAUCAGAGUGUAUAGCUCACCAUGAAACACAACACUAAAAACACAAACCUGCACAUUUCAGAGCAGCACAGAGUGGCUGUGGUGUGUGGGAUGCUAGAAAGUAACCGUAGGCAAAUAUGCUAUCUACACUACGUUCCAGAUGACGGUGUACUAAACACUGAAACAUGUUCUUUAUAUUAACUUUUUUUGUUUCUUUGUUUUGUCUUUUUUAUAUAAUAUCUUUACAUUUUGCAGUGGAACACUUUGACGUUGUAUUGUUAGCAUUUCUGUUUAGUCUUUUUUCUUAAUCUAUGCAUGAAUUUAAAUUCCACUGUGAGGCCUUAAAUUGCAAUAUUGCACCCUCGUUGCACCAUGGAAGUCUUAACUGGUUUAGUCUGUUUAACUGUACACCUCAAACCUUAUGCAAGGACACUGGAGUAGAUAUUUUUUCCAAUAUUUGAGAUAACAACUAAAUCUGAUGUUAUUAGGAAGAAUCAAAUUUCUACACGUAGUCAGAUCACAAUCAUGCUCAUAACCAGGUCAAACUACAGACAAUUCAUUACUAUAUUACAGUGUAGUGGUUGUAAAGUCACAAAGGUCUUUCAAACCACUCUUUAUUUUAUUCUUUGUAUACAUAUGUCCACUACGAAUUAUUGUAAAGGGAUGCGCUUUUUUUUGUAUUGUUGCUUAUUUGUUACAUGAGAAGGAAAGAUUUUCAUGUUUGCAGUUUUAUGGUUUUGGGAUUGUCUUUCAGAGAGUUAUAUAAUGUGUGCGCAUGUGUGUUAUGUGCAUUUAUGUAAAAUGUAAUUACCAGUAAGCUGAUUACUUGACUCUGACUGUUAGGCCAGGAACAGUUGUCAUCUCAUUUUACAGCUGAACUUUUGUUUAGAUCCAAACAUCCAAAUGAGUUAAACAAUAAUAAAGUUGACUAAACUGUAACUACUGAGAUAAUUAUUGUAUUUGAUCUUCUACUGUAAGACCCCCCUUUAAUCUGGAAUACUGUAGAAAAUAAACAUAUUCCUGUUAUGUUUUUCUUUUUGUUUUGUUCUUUUGGAUGAGAUGUUAAAUAAUGAGUGGGAAUAAGAGUCAUGGUGUCUAUUUGACAAAUGGCAACAGGUACUAAAAAGAUUAGUUUGAGGAUUAAUAAUUGAGUAAAAGCUAAGUGGUUUAAUCUCUGAUCGCAAGGCUUUGAUGACAUUUAUAUGAUCAACAUUUAAAGAAUAAAUUUCUAUUGAAUAAUUUCAUUAUAUAGUUAUUUUUUGUUCUGGAUAAUAUUCAAUUAAUUCCAAAAAAAGGGAUAAAUACUAAUAACACUAAUGUAAUGUAGAAAUUCAUGACUUGAUUUCUUUUUACUGCUUAUUGAUUUAAUGAUAUGUCUUUUGUUCUGUUUUAGUGAAAUUACCUUAAACUUGUAACACUAAAAGACACUAAAACAAUGCAUUUUAUUCCCACUAUCUUACAAAGUUAAAACAUCUGGUUUUCAUACCAGUCACUUAUAGUUAAGUUAGACAGAUGACACAAAACUUAAUGAAUCAUAUAAUUCCAAAGCAAAAUUAUUCUAUCUGCAAGUGGGAAAGAAAUUAACCCUUGCUUUCAAUGUUUAGUGUUACUUUGUUUUGCAGCAGUAAGUGUAACAAAAAAUUUUGUUAAUUUUGAUUAGUCCCGUUUAUUGGCUGAAAAGACUUGCAAACCAGUCAUUUGUUCCUUUAAUAAUGGUGAAUCAUCUUAGUCCAGACGGAGACCAGUUUAAACCAUGAUACAACCACCACCAUGUCUCACUGCUCAAAAGAAGCAUUUUCAUUUCUCACAACAAAACAUUUCACAUUUGAAUCAGAGUUACAUUUGUGUCUUUUUAUAGGUGCUCCCAAUGAUUGUCAGCUUUGUUUUUCUUGAAGAUGUUGCAGGUGUUUUGGUUUUUUUUUUUUUUUCUUACAGGUAUGGCAGCUGGUUGUCUGAUUUUUCCUGUUUAGAUUAAACAGCUUAUGCUGUUGCUUUCUA